GAGCCGAAUCGCGAAAUAAUACAAUCAGGGCCCUCCGCUGCCACAGCCGCGUCGCGCGAGGGUAGAUAAGCUUCCCCGCGCGCGCACGCUUCACCGUGGCCACCGCGUAUCGCCUCCGGGUGGAUGGGCUUGCUCGCGCCUCGCCUCCACCCAUCCCCCUCGCCGAAACACUCCUCCUCUCCCUUCCCCUCCCCCUCCUCCUCGUCGUCGUCCUCAAGCGGUGCACGGCGUCGCCCUCACCCGAAUCGGGCUCGCCGAGGUGCGCUACCCUCCCUCCCCUCACUCUUCUCCCUCGCCAAGGUGCAGCGUCGCCUAUAUCUGAGCGCCGCCAGCCGCCAUUGCUACCCAUGGCCGGAUCAAGCUCCUCACCCGAAUCGGCGAAGUUUCCACUGGCAUCGGGCUCGCGGAGACGGAGGCGAGGGUGCUGGAGCAGCCAACGGCGUGGGGGCAGCCUGGGAGAUGGUGCUUCUCGCGGGGCCGCUCUUGGCAACGGUCCUCAUGGGGCUCCUGCUAGGCUGGGCCUUACGCUUGCACUGGGCAGCCGGACAUGUCGCCACCGCCGAUGGCCGCGAACGCGCCCAGCUCUCCGUCCGUCCUUCGUAGCGCUAGAAUUACGGAGGGCCCAGCUCCCCGUCCGCCUCCGUGCCCCUCUCAGCUACGCCUGCUGUGGCACCAGCGCGACGGCGACGCAGAAGCAGGAGGAGGACGCCGUGCAAGGCUGCGGGGUGUCUGCGCGGGGCAGCGUUGUUGAUAAAGCUGCUGCGAGGGAUGAGCGAGGCCCGUCUGUAGGGGCCUCUGCCAAAUCCUGUCAGCAAACUGAAAGGCCCGAGAGCUAUCCCAGGAAGGAGCGAUGUCUUCAUCGAAUGCACAGAUGGUGGGUCCAACUUCGGCUAGAUCAUGCUCCCGUUCGUGUGCAGGAACCUGUGCGGUAGGAUAAGGACAAGUUGUUUGCACAAAGCAAGAAGGUGUAAGAAAGGAUGUUGAAUGUGCAUUUGGUGUCUUGCACGCUUGUUUUUUUAUUUUGUGUCGACCAGCAUGUGAUCUUGAGAAAAUCAUGCUAGCUUGCACAAUUCUACACAACAUGAUAGCCGAAGUUGAUAAAGAAGAGGCGGCCAACACUCCGUGAUUUGAACUUGAAUGAGACCCCUAGCACAUUGGUCGUUCAAGAUCCAAAAAAUACCUAAUGAAGAUAUGCCUGUAUUUACGAAAGUACAAGAGAAACGUUCCAAGAUUUGAGAUCGUCCAACUUAUAUGCAGCUUAAAAAGGGUUUGGUUGAGCAUAUUUGACAAAACUUUGGACAAAAUUAAAAUAUUACGAUCACUUUGAAUGAUGUUACUUUGUAACUUAUAUCUUUGGAUGAUGUUACUUCGUAAUAUAUCUCAUUUGAUAUGAACGUUAGAAAUUAAUAUUUUUUUCUUAUCAUAUCUCUUUGUCAAUGCGUAGUUUUAAUUGAAAGAGAUGCACCGGUAUGGAACAGUAAAAAAUCAACUCGCUUCUACACGUAUCAGUUAUCUAGUUUUUGCUUCUACAAUAAAAAAAAAAGCAACACAAAUGGCCACAUGAACCAAAUGAAUGUUUUGAUCACACUACAUGCAAGAAUUAAUUGUUUUAUGAUACCUAAGAAAUAACACAUAUAUACUAUGCAUUGCAAGUUUGUUUCUUAACCCAUAUAUAUACUCUUUAGAUAUAAGUAAGAUAUAAAGUAUUGGGAGGGGCAUCAUCUCUACUCAUCUUAGCCCCAUAGGUUAUAUAGGUUCUAGUAUUGAAAUACGUUCGCAGCGAUUCCAAAAAAAUAUAUAUUUGCAGCAAUUCCUAUAAAAGAAAUAUCUUCGUAGCCAUUUUUCAAGAAUAUACGCGAACUCCAAUUAGUGGGAGUUCCGAUCCCGCCAACUUUGACCAUCAAGAAACAGUUGGGAUCCGGCCGAUUUGUUUGCGUGCAGCUGAAAACGAGCCAGAAAGACUACAACGAUGGGUAAAACAGAUACAUAGCCAUCGUCUUAGGAUCAGCAUGCAUCGCAGAGAUUGAAGUCCACGAAAAGAUGACCCUGAGACGCCAUGUGGUCCUCGAAUGUCCUAUUCUUGGACGAUGAUUUUUGAGGUCGCAGACCAUCCCCUGGUUGGUUUGAUAAGAUUUCAGUAGUGAAUCUCUCGCGUGUUGUUCCCUGGAUGGUGGUGGAGAGGAAGAUGCAGCAAGGGCCGCCAACCGAGCACCGGAGGAUCCUCCGAUUCGUGGUCUUCCUAGCCGUCUCCCUCCUGGCCUUCUCCUGCUGGGCUCUUAUCAACUCCAGAAUCGACGAAGCCAUGCCCGAAUCGGUCGUCUUGAUGGCAAACGCCGACAAGGCACAGGUUCUCACCGGGGAGGAUGGCAGCCACCCCGCCGACGACCCAACGUCGAGCCCGACGGCCCUGCCGGCGAGCGGUAACACGACGGCGGACGCGGUGAAGAUGAGCGAUCCGGUGACCCGGCAGCCGCAGGUAGCAGGAGGAGGAGUGGAACGGAGCGAGAGGUGCGACGCGGACAGCGCGGCGCUCAGGGUGUACGUGUACGACCUUCCGCCCGAGUUCCACUUCGGUAUGCUUGGGUGGGACGGGAAGGGGAGGGAGGCGUGGCCCGACGUCCGCGACGCCGGCGCCGUGCCGCACUACCCCGGCGGGCUCAACCUGCAGCACAGCGUGGCGUACUGGCUCACACUGGACAUCCUGUCCUCCGCCCUGCCAGACCAGGGCCAUGACCAGCCCUGCAUCGCCAUCAGGGUGACGAACGCGAGCCUCGCCGACGUCUUCUUCGUGCCGUUCUUCGUGUCACUGAGCUACAACCGCCACUCCAAGCUCCGCCGGGGGGAGAGGGUCAGCAAGAACAGGAUCCUGCAGGCCGAGCUCGUCAAGUAUCUGAUGAGGCAGGAGGAGUGGAGGCGGUGGGGCGGCAAGAACCACCUCAUCGUGCCGCACCACCCCAACAGCAUGAUGGAGGCCAGGAAGAGGCUCAGCGCCGCCAUGUUCGUGCUGUCGGACUUCGGGAGGUACUCGCCGGACGUCGCCAAUCUCAAGAAGGACAUCAUUGCGCCGUACAAGCACGUCGUCCGCUCCCUCGGCGACGACGACUCGCCGGCGUUCGAGCAGCGCCCUGUCUUGGCAUACUUCCAAGGGGCCAUCCAUAGGAAAGAUGGCGGGAAGGUUCGUCAGAAGCUGUAUCAGCUCCUCAAGGACGAGCAAGAUGUCCACUUCACCUACGGCAGCGUCCGGCAGAACGGCAUCCGGCGCGCCACCGCAGGGAUGUCCUCAUCGAAGUUCUGCCUCAACAUAGCCGGCGACACGCCGUCCUCGAACCGCCUCUUCGACGCCAUCGUCAGCCACUGCGUCCCCGUCAUCAUCAGCGACGACAUCGAGCUCCCCUUCGAGGACGUGCUGGACUACUCGGAGUUCUGCGUGUUUGUGCGCGCCGCGGACGCCGCGAAGAAGAGUUUCCUGCUGCGCCUGCUCCGGGGCAUAACGCGCGACGAGUGGACCAAAAUGUGGAGAAGAUUGAAGGAGGUGGCGCACCACUUCGAGUACCAGUACCCUUCGCGGCCGGACGACGCCGUGCAGAUGAUCUGGGGGGCAGUCGCCCGGAAGAUGCACUCUGUGAAACUGCAACUUCACAAGCGUGGCAGGUUUCAGAGGACAGGUUCUGAAUCUUGAAGGCCUAUGGAGAGAUGGAGGUUCAGAGCUGGAUUGCAGUCUGAACUCUGAACCCAAGUGAAACUGGCAAGUUCCAUCAGGUGAUCGAUAAACUUUCUGUGUCCAUUUUGCAAUAUACGUUGCAACUAGGGGCCUUGUGCAGAUGAUUUUUGGCUGACUAAAAGGUAGUCUCAGGUGAAUAAUUGUCGAUCUUGUGAUUUUGACGUGAUGUUGCACAUCACAGAAAGAAAUAGCGAUUUGAGAUUUGGGACCAUGUUCUAUGAGUUUUGACAUAGAAGACGCCAAUACGCUUUGUAAACAGAGUUGAUAAAUUCCAGUCAAUGUUAGCCGCUGUCGACAAAAACGAA